AUGCGCACGCACGUCCAUGCCGAACGCCCAACAGCAACGCCGAACCCUGCUCUUGGCUUCCUUCCCUCUCGUCCAUCUGCAACCACAUAUACCCAAAGUCCAUCCAGCAUCUCUUCUUGCAUACCUUCAUACAGCCUCCGCCGACCAUGCCACGCUCGCGCUGAACCACCACCAUCACUGUCCGCCUCGAUGGACGUCUUCCCAGCAGCGUCCUCGACCAUGGCACAAGGUGCUCCCCCAGGCCUCAGCAGGCAGGGGUCCAUCGCACGCACCAACGCCAUCGCCAUGCUCAAGCGAGCCGCAUCAAACCGCGAGAUGAAGGCAAAGGCAGACACAUCCGCACCCCCACCCGCUUCCUCCUCGCCCAACAUCCCCACAUCCGAUGCUGCAUGCCUUGAUCCCACCUCCGCGCUCACCCACAUCCACCCGUCCCAUGCCUUCAACACAACGCCACAAGCCACCGAUACAACAGCACCCCCCGCGAUAGCCGCUCAGCUCCUGCCCGAAUCCCCCCCUCUCUUGGCCAACCCUGCCUCGUCGCCCCCACACACCGCCAACACCCUGCUCGCAGCACCCUCGCCCAACCCAGCCAGCGAAUCAGCUUCGUCGCGCUCACGCUCACCCAUGUUCCACGAUCGGCCAGCACAGAGACCCUUCAACCGCUCCCCGCUGCCGUCGCUCGAGCAGCUGCGCGCCCGCAUCCUGCUCGAACGCGAGUCGGCCGGCCUCCAACCCAGCGCCAGCACCAGCGCAGCAAGCCAGGCCGCACGUGCCUAUGCCCUCGAAAAGCUCCUCGGCAACAGCGGCACUGACGUCUUUUACGACCAUACCCCCGACGGCACCCUCAUCGGCCGCGCCGCCGCCACCCCCUCGCCCACCGCCAUGGCGCGUCGCGACGCAGACUAUGCAGACAUGGCCUCCGACGACGAGUCGGCGCACGAGUCCGGCCUCCGACGCCAGUCCAUACGUCAGUCGAUCAAGAACCGUCCCAUGCUGAGGAGAAGCCGCACCAUCAACGGUCUCACCGCCAUGGCAGAGGCUCAGAACAAGGCCGAGUUCGUCCAGGGCGUCUUCCUUGCCGUUCCCGGUCCGGCGUCCAACCGCAUCUCGCGCAUCCACCAGCGCCGCGUAGAGCGCCAGAGCAUGCUCCAGCGCGCCUCCACCAGCACGGGUCCGUCGGAACCGGCCAUCCCGGAACACAGCUCCGACGCAAACCAAGAUGCGACCACGCAGCCGACUGCCGCACCCACACUAGAGCGCCAACCUUCGCAACGACAGAUUGCGCGGACAGAGAUGAUGCGCAAACUCAGCACGCGCGGACGCGGUACCGCCACCCCAACCAGCGAGCCCUCGGCCGCAGCAGCCCCACCCGCGCCGACAGUGCAGCACCCUAGGCUGCCACAGCUCAUCACCGACUCGCCCGCCGUCGACGAGACCAUCAGCCCCGUCGGCGUCGUCAUCCGUCCUCCCUCUUCGCCAGUGCCUCCGCACAUGUCCCACCUCGACCUGCUCGGCGCUGCCUCAUCACCGGUCGUCUUUCGCCAGAAUCUCAGCCCUGCCAGCGCAGCCCAUGCAGACAUCCACACUGGCGCUGUCUCGUCUCUCGCUGCCGACCUCGACUUGUCGGCAUCGCCGAGUCUCAAACCUUCGUCGUCUGCCGCAUCCCUGGCGUCCAACUACGCUCACAGCACCGCCACCAACGCCACGGCUCACCACAACUACGAACGCAACAGGGAAAGCGCCAUGGCCCUGCUCGAGAACGAGGACAAUUUUGGCUUUGAGGCUUCGCCCUCCUUUCCCUCCAUCGGCACCGACCUCGCUCGAGCCCAGACCCCCAUCGAUCACUCAACAGCAGCAGAGCACACGAGCAACCGUGACCGCAAUGGCGUGCAUCGCAUCCCGGACGCCAACGCAUCCGAUAAUGAAGGCCUCAGCCUCGACUUUGGCGAUGCGAGGACAAAGCGUCGCGCCGGCCUGGUCGGCCUCGGCCUCGAUUCGGUCGCGCAUGCGUCCGCAUCGCCACAAGUCCAGCAGCCAGGGCAGUCCUCGACCGCACAAGAUCAAUCUGCAGACCUGCCUUCUCGCUCGCAUCCUGGCGCAAUCGCAUCCGACCGCAAUACAAAGGCACGCCAGUCUCUGGCAAAGCUAAGCGUCAAGCCGUCACCGCAGGACCUCCUUUCGAGUCCCGCCUCCUACACCGACGACGAGCCGCUCGAAGACGAGGCCUUCUACAAGCUCUACUCUCCUGCAGCUGGCCUCUACGAUGAUGACGAUGACGAAGACGAAGACAGGCAUCACCCUCCCGCCACCCAGGCCACCCAGGCCACUUCGGACCACCAACCAUCACAGAGCGACAGAACUUCGCAGACCUCGGCUCCCGCACCCGUGCAAGGUCUCGGCCUCAUUGCUUCUGGUGCUGCUGCGCCCGCAGAUGCAGAGCUGCCCAACACCCCACCGCAGCGUCUGUUCUACCGCGGCAAUGCAGCUGUGCCGUGCGAUCCUUCGCCCGGCACCGAAACCGACUUUGGCGACGUCCGUCGCACACCCUGGAUGGGCUCGAGUCCGGGCGGAUUCAACCUGCCGCUGCGGCUGUCCAAGUCGCUCAUCUCGACCGCGCAGUCCGACUCGCCCGCGCCCGAUCCGAGCCCCGUGAUGCGCGGGCCUUUCCGGCGCGCGCGCGGCGACUGGCCCAUGUCGGUCGCAAGCAGCGGCACACAUCCGGCCAGCAGAGAGAGCCUCGAGAGCCGCAGCGAGCCAGAAAGCCGAUUCCGAUCGUCCGAAGAGGGCGGCAUCGUAGGCGGGGCGCCUGCUAUCGGUUCGCCGCUCAUCGAGCUGCCAGAGGACGAAGCGAUGGGCAAGGAAGGCGGGGUUGAUGAGCAGCCACCACAACCAGCCGCGCCCGAAUUCGAGCUCCUUUCACCUUCUUCGAGCUCGAAGCCAUCGGAGCGUGUCCAGGCGAUGCUGGGCUCCAGCUUUGUCGCCGAGUACGGCGCCGAGCUCGAGUCCGAGUCUCGCUCGCGCUCUUCCAUCGGCGCGGACGAGGACAACCAGCUUCAGGUGCCUGGUCGCCACAGGGCGGGCUCAACCAACACGCACAGCAACGUCUCGAUCAACGACAUGAGUGACGUCGACGGCGAGGUCGACGAGGCAUACCUCCAACGCGUCGACCGCAUGGCCGACAAGCUCGGCAAGAUCGCACGUGCCAAGCACCUGCACUCUAAGGACAGCGUCUCGCGCGCCGUCGUCGCCAACAUCACCAACGCCGAGCGAGGAAGACCGAUGGGCGGGAGCAGGUUUACGGAGCAGCUGCCGAGUACGGCGCUCGGAUCGCAACGUACCUCGGCGGAUCUGUCGGCGCUUGCGGGCAACGAGAAGCUGCAUCCCUUCCCUGGUCUCACCCAGGCAAGCCCGCUGCUCAGCCAGGAGGGCUUCAGCCCCAAGAACGGUUCGCCGCCGUCGGCGAGCCGGGCAAACUCGCAGUCCAAGGGCACUCGGCCGGCGGCGGGCGACUCACCGACCUUGGCGACCGGGCAGAAGGAAGAUGCCGAGGGCAGCGGCAGGCAGAUCGGGCUCUUCUCGUCGCUGCGUCGCAAAGCUUCGAGUCUGCGCCGGACGCCGUCGUCGGCCAAAGGCGCGGGCGGAUUCUUGGCGCGCCGAGGGAAGAAGGACGAGUCGCCCAAAAUGCCGUCGGAAGCGUCGUUCAUCUCGGCGCCCAUCCUCACCACCGCCACACCCGGACCGCCGCCCAUGGCUACCCAGCCCCCCGUCGCCGUCGCGGAUAAGGACGUCGAGCCGAGCGCAGGUCAGGCCGAUGCGGGCCGCGACGUGACGUUUGAGCACCGCCUGUUUGGACCGGAUCAGUCGGGUGACAGUGCAGGCGCCGAGCUGCAGCGCAAUGCAUCCAUCUCGUCGGUGGUGAGUGCGCGCAUCCGCGGGGAUCUGCAGGAUGGCACAGCAGAUGCGGAUGCGCUGGUGGUGCCCGCUGCACACGGGGGCGGCGGCUCGCUGGCUCCCAACACGGCGGCUGUGAUCCAUCGGUACAGCCGCAUGCUGUCGGGCGCCGCACCUCCGCAGACAAUUCCGGGCGCAUCGCAGCAGGACCUGCAAGACCCACCGCGCAAGCUGCUCGCCACCGACGCCGUGUUCCAGGUGAUCAGCGCCACGACGAUCAAGGACCGCUACCUGUUCCUCUUCAGCGACCUGCUCGUCAUCGCCAAGCCGGUGGCGGCGCCAGGCGCCGAGGCGGGCCAGACGCUGGGCAAGAUGAAGGAGGCGGCGGUGCUGCCGUCGCUCUCGUGGCGGUUCGCGGUGAAAAACAUCCUGGAGCUGCACCGGCUGCGCGUGAGCGUGACGACGAAUACGCGCACGGCGUCGGCCAAGACGCGCGCGCAGAAUCCCGUGCUGUGGGGGUUCGUGUCGCACUUUAGCAGGGAGCCGGACUCGGCGGUGCGCGCGCUCGUCGCCAAGACGGGACUGGAGCCGACGCCGGCGUCGAUUGCGCAGCUGCUCUACCAGACGCCCGAGCUGGACCGGCAGGACCUGACUGCGUACCUGGGCCACGCGGCGCGGCGCGAGAUCCUCAAGGCGUACGUGUCGCAGCACAGGCCGGUGGGCGUGUCGAUCGAGUCGGCGCUGCGCAGUCUGCUGCUCGAUCUGCGCUUUCCGCACGAGCUCGAUGCGUUCGAGGCGCUGCUCGUGCACUUUGCCCAGAGCUGGACGCAGGCGAAUGCGGCGAUGAUCAAGCCCAACUUUACGGCGCAGCUGGCGUCGGACCUGGUGUUUGCCAUCAUGGCGCUCAACGAUGCGCUGCACACGGGCACGCAGGCGGGCGCGGCGUCGGUGACGUCGCCCAACUUCCCGCGGCCCGUGACGGUGGUGACGCCGGGGCUGUUCAGUGCGCCGUGUCCGGAGCUGAGCAAGGCCGACUUUGUGAGUGUCUUUCGGCAGCACGAUCCGGAGCACGUGCUGUCGGACCGCACACUCAGCCGCAUCUACCUCUCGAUCAAGUCCGAGCCGCUCGUGCAGGCGCUCGACCGGUACGAGCCGCGCUUCACCAUCCGCGUCAAGGGCGGCAAGCUGCCCACGCGGCUCACGUACGCGCAGCCAGCCGAGCCGGUGACGCUCGUCAUUCCCGCACCGGAUCCGGAUCUGGCCAUCAGGCUGUAUGCGCCCGAUACGACGUUCGAGCCGCCGGUGCUGACGUUCGGUGCGUCGCGCGAGGCGAGCUUCACCAUGUGGACCAAGAGUCUGGGUGCCAAGCAGGUGGUGUUUGUGCGGGCCGGACGCAAUGCGCGCUUCUACGGGGGGACCGAGGUGGAUGUCACGCAUGCCGGCGCGGGUGGCGCGGAUGCGGGGGUGCGGGAGGAUUCGCCGUUGCCGCGUAGCUUUAAUGUGGCGGUGGAGCGGGCGUUUAUGAAGCACAGUUUUACGCUCACCUCGGUGGGCGAGGCGGGUGGGACGAAGCGGUUUAUGCUUAGCUUUGAGGAUGGCGAGCGUGUGGCGCGGUGGACGCACGUGAUUCGCGAGCAAGUGGCGGCUGCCGAAGCGGCGCGCACACGCUCGGGUGCGGUGGCUACAGCCCGGGCUAUGCAGGUGGCCUCGCUCGAGGUUCUGCGCGAGACGCUGAUUGGGGUCGAGCCGCGCGCCGGCUUGAGUCGGGCGGCGACGGUGACGGGGGUGGCCAAAGCGGGCAUGGGCGACUUGGGUCGUCUGGCGCCCGUGGCGGGGUUGGAUAGGACCACGUCGACGAGCCGCCACUACUAUGCCUCGAGCGGCGUCGGGCGGCACGAGCGCGAACUGCUUCUGCCUGCACCGCAGAAGCACACCAAGGGCUCUGCCUCGUUGUCCCUCACCCCGAUGGCGGUGGGGGUGGGGAUGACGAGGAGCAAUUCGGCUCGCUCGGCGUCGGCCAACUCGCCGGCGGGAGCGACGCAGCCAUUACCGCCAGCGAUCCAGGUCGCCGAGCCCGAAACGCGCGCGCCGCAGCUGCACGGCACGGCAAUCGUGCGCAUCGCAAGGCUCAACUCGCUCCUCCCCAGCGUCGUGCAGCACCAUCUCAACGGUCCGUCGCAGUAG